GUAACAUGUCUUCUGCCUUUCAAAUGGAUAGUGUCGAGACUGCAUUGAAGGAUGCUCUGAAGGGACCCACAUACGACGAAGUUCGAAGGAUUCUAUAUGGCAGAGAACACAAAGAACUUGAAAUUCCGAAAGAGGCUCAGGAUAUAGCCAACAAGAACAAUUUCGAUUUGAAAGCCUACGAGGUACUCGCUAAAGAGGAAGAGCAGCGAGCCCCAAGAAAGGUAAGAAUAGCAGCAAUUCAAUUCUCCAUUGUGCUCCCUACGACGGCACCGGUCGAGGAACAAAGAAGAGCAAUCCACAGCAAGGCAUCCAAAAUGAUAGACGCUGCUGUUCUCGCAGGAGCCAAUAUGAUCUGUUUCCAUGAACUCUGGACAAUGCCCUUCGCAUUUUGCACUCGUGAACGACUUCCAUGGACACAAUUUGCAGAGUCAGCUGAGCAUGGUCCUACAACGAAAUUUCUUUCACAGAUAGCUGCUAAAUACGGGAUUGUGAUCAUCUCAUCAAUUUUGGAAAGAGAUGAAGACAAGGACGACGUACUGUGGAAUGCAGCUGUCGUCAUUUCACAUACUGGCAAGGUGAUCGGCAAAAGCCGAAAGAAUCACAUUCCGAGGAUCGGAGACUUUUCAGAGUCUACCUACUACAUGGAAUCUACACUAGGACAUCCUGUAUUCGAGACAGCUUUUGGUAUGAGGUUUUUUGCAUAG